UGUACAUUUCUGUCAACUUGCUUCGUUUUUUUUUUUUUGGGUCGAAUCAACUUGCUCCGUUAAAGAGUCAAAACAAUCAGUUACAUUCGACCUUUGCUUGCCGAUGUGGCAUGUGCGGGUCCACGUAGCGCCAACUCAGACGUAAGCAAAAACAGUGGACCGCACACAUCUCUUUCUCCUCUUUCUUUUCCCCCUCUUUCUUAUUAAAAAGGGAAUAUCCAACCUCCAGAUUCUAAAAUUAAACCUUUCUCCCUCACCGUCACUCACUCACUCACUCACUCACUCACUCCAACUCACUGCUUUCUGUAUGAUUUUUGCCUUCCCUUCUCAGACGUUCGCUCCUCACAUCAACAGAAACCCAAUUUCAUUUCCCCAGCCUUCAAUUCCAGAGCAAGCACUCCUUCUCCCUUACCCCAAGUUUCAGCGCAAAUGACCACCACCACCACCAUCCUCACCAAACCCAAGAUGAUCCAUCAAAACCAAAACCUACCACCAAACCCGACCCGGCUCCCACCAAAGCGGCUUGUUCGGAUCAUUCUCGCAGACGCCGACGCCACCGACUCCUCCAGCGACGAAGACAGUGUUGUACCCGGAGUCAAACGGCAUGUCAGAAAGAUCAGCCGUGAGCUCUCCUCGCCUUCGAAUUGUUCCUGUCAUUCUAAGCUGUCCAAGCGACGCAACCAGCCGGAACCCGACCCGACCAGCCGGGAAAAGUUCAUAGGCGUCCGGAAGCGGCCUUGGGGCCGAUAUGCCGCAGAGAUUCGGGACCCGACUCAGAGAAAACGGGUCUGGUUGGGAACCUACGACACUGCCGAGGAAGCUGCCGCUGUCUACGACAGAGCAGCGCUGAAGCUGAAGGGUCCUCACGCCGUCACUAACUUUACCAUCCCCGUUAUAGCGGAGGAGACGGUUGCUGAUGAGGUGGUCCCCGCUGUGGGUUCGAGCCAUGUGAGUGAGGUUGGGGGAGAGGGAGGAGCUGCUGGUUGUGUUUCGCUUUGAAUUUAAAUCUUUUUGUGUAUCUUGUCUUAGGAAAUAAAAAACAAAAAAAAGCUCUUUUGUUUUUUAACUUGAAUGUUAAGCCUUAAUUAGUUUU